CCCUGUUGACUCUACGACUUAAAGAAUCCAGCAGCUCCAUUGUGGCUUGUUCAGAUACUACUGCCUACCUUUCACAGCCCCCGAGCGUCGGCGUAUUUUCACCCCACCCGCACCAAAAGAACCACGAAAUCAGUGCGGGCUACCACGACGACAGCUGACCCAGCCACCUCUUAGUGACUUCCACUCAGUAAUACGAUCUUUUCCCAAGGAGACAAAACAGUCACCUCCACCGCAACUCUCUGACACAGCAGCUUUUAUCAAUUCGAGGUCCACUUGCGCGGAUUCUACUGCAAUCGGCGCAGGAACAGUACAAAUACACAUCAACUCACCAGCUAAGCGCGUGUCGCAAUAUGGCCAUGCCUUUGGGCGCCCGUGGAGCACAGUGGUUUGCCAACAUGACUGAAGCGGCGGUGGGCCAGCCGGUCGACCCAUGGCUUCUCUCUGAGUAUCGGUCUGCGCCCGUUAAUUCGUACUCCAGCCUGCCUCCCGAGCGCUUCGGCACGACUGAAGCCUUUGCCACAUACACCGAGAAUAAUUACGCACAACAUCUCCGUGACGGUUUUCCUGCUCGACAGGAGCCGGAGUUGAACUUUGCGAUGACGGAACCUGUUCAAUUGCACUUACCAACCGGUGAAGAACUGGCGGCCAUACAUACGGAGUGGGCAUUGGUCGAUCCCGAAUACGAAGAUGCUGAGGGAAGCGACGGGGCCGAUGCCGAGGGAGUCGAGGAUGAUGAUGUCGAGGAGGUUGAGGAUGACAACAUUGGGGUUGGCGAGAACCAAAAUACUACGGAAGAACCCAACAUCGACUCAGGCUUCCAGAAGCAGAUGGAAGGCCAGCCGGCGGUGCAGGCUCAGCCGACUCAGCAGCGCCAGCCGACCUCACAACCGCAGCAGGUCCCGCAGCGCCAGCAAAAGAUCUCUAUCCGCAAAUCUGCUUGGAAUCGACAAGCAAAACAAGCCGCAGAGACCAAGAAGCGCGAUUCAAAGUCACCCACAAUCAAGCGGAAGCGACCAGGUACAACGACCAUCGACGAGUUGGCGAAGCAGCAUGAAGGAGGCACUCCACCUGAGCGGGCGAAGUUCGAUGCUGGAUACACCGAGCCGAAGACUUUCUCCUCACCCGUGCCGUUGGCCAAGGGACAGAAGCGUUACACUUCGGCCACCGAGGAUCUGGAGAAAGAGCACGGCGAUCAACGCCCGCACAAGAAGGCGAAGGUUCACAGCGAGAGCGUACCGAAACCCUCACCGGAGAGCAAGCUUCCAAAGCAGAACCAGAACCAGAACCAGAACCAGAAACAGAAACAGAAGCCCCAGCCUGUGAAAUCCAUCCAGGAGCAGGCGCAGCUCGCUUCUUCUCCACUUCCCGCUUCCAACCCAGUUCCACGGCCGCACCGCUUCAGCGUACAGAUCUCUGACCGCACCGUCACGCUAUACGAAAGCUUGAAAAUCCCAGGCCUCCAUGUCCUGCCCGAGCUCGAGAAGAAGGGCGAGGUCACACCCUGGACCGCCAACCACCUGACACUCCUCUACAUCCAUAGCUACAUCCAGGACAACAUCCAGCUCUGCGACCUCAUCACCGACGUAUGGAUCCGCGCCUUCCAGGAGCGGAACCGCAGCAAGUCGCUACCGCAGAUGUGGAUGCCGAACAAGUCGCACGUGGAGCGCGACCUCAAGAUUGUCAAAAAGAACAAGCAACACCAUAUGAAAGAAUACCACCGUAUCGGCCUGCCCGACGUCCCGAAGUGGCAGCAUAAGCUCCCCCUGCCCACGCUGAGCAACAACGUCACAGACUUCGACCCCAAGCUGCUCAACGCGCUGUACCACCACACGGCCGAGGGAAACGGCGCGCGCAUGCUCUGGGCGGAUGCGCUCGCGCUGUGCGGCACGCGCGCGGAAGACUGGUUUCUUGCGUGCAAAAAGGAGGGCAUUGAGGUGCACCCCGAUCUCGUCUUCAACGUCAUGUGCGCGACGCUCCGCUCCUGCCGUCGCCGCUUGACCCUGAAGAUCGAGGAGGUCGAACAGGACAAGUGGUGUCGCCGGUACCACUUGCACUCCAAGUGGGGCUUGGAGUGCCACCGUCCGACCGCCGACGAGGACGACGAGGACGAGCAGUAUGCGCGCCUGCAAGCUGCCGUGUCGGCACACGCCGCUAGCAACAGUGGAGAUGGCGAGGUUGACGACGAUCUGGGUGCGGAUAUUCUGCAGGAAUUCAACAACCAGGUCGAGGAACGCGGUGACAACGACCUCUACCACCCGCGCACCCCUAUUCCCAAGGCCGCUACGGUGGAAGUCGUUGGCAGCGACGGUGAUGAUAGUUCGGAGGAGGACUAGGUUGCUUUGCAGAAUCCUGGGCGUUGCUGAGUUUGGUUAUCAAGAUGCUUGCAUUUGGUCACGCUGACUUGAGCGUCGAUGAUUACGACAGGAGGUCAAUAAGGACCGAACUGGAUCGCAUCUGGUGGACGUUGCAGUCCUCAUCUGUCCUGAUGCUUCAAUAUCAGGGAAUGCGUCUAUUCAGUUCCAAAAGAUGUACAAUCGAGAUGAUUGAUAGUUGCAGUUGUCCUGAACCGCUCUCGGAUUAGAU